AUGACGAAAGUGACCUCCCUUGAGAGACCAAUAGAUGUGUGGGCGGAUGACGUCAAACCGAGCUUUGUCAUCCAGGGACUGCUAGACUCAUUUGGUCCCGGAUGUAAAGAUACAAAGAACUGCACGUUCUGUCAUCGCGAAGGGGGGACAACUCCAGCGACUGUGUGGUGCUCUGUUUGUGAUGACGCCCUGUGUGAUGAAUGUGCUAGGGCGCACAGUCGCAUCUCAUCCACUCGUCAUCACGAUACAACUGACCUGACUAGUGAGGCCAUUAUCCCCAGGAAACGAAACAUUAAGUGUAAAGAACACAAGGAUGAAAACAUCAAAUUCCUGUGCAAAGAUUGCAAGAAAGUCACCUGUCACACCUGUUGUGUUAUCUAUCACAGGAAAUGUGAGUCAGUUGUCACACUGGAGUCGGAAUUACCUGCAUUAAAGUCCCAGCUGUUGAAUAAGAAGAAAACUAUUUCGAAGAAGCAAAUCCAAAUGGAAGCAAAAGUUGAUGCUGUUAAAGUGAACGUCGUUUCUGAGAAAGAUCGAUAUGCAAGAAUGGAACAUGACAUCAAGUCUUUUGGUAACAACGCGAGAGAAAAGAUAACUCUCAUGGAAAAUAAACUUCUAGAUGAACUGAAAGAAGUUUCUGAAAUGCACAUUGAACAACUGACAGCCAACCUAAAGUCGAGUGAAAUAUCAGUACACAUGUACCGACAACAGACUGAGCUGAUAGACCAGAUUCUACAAUCUGAGUGUGACAUGGACGUGUAUGAGAUGUAUCAGGGGUAUGAGGCCGGUAAUGUGGAGGCUGUCGAAGACGUAGACGUGAAGAAGAGGGGUAGAAUAGCCAGGAUCAUGUUCAGACAGAACGAAGACAUGCUGAGUAGAGCUCUGGACGAUCUACAGCUGGGGGAGAUAGAUGUCCAGUAUGACGGUAUGGUGAACUUGGAGGCAACACCUGUAUCUCAAGACACCAGUAACGUGCUGGACCUGAAGGCUGCUCCUGUGUUACAGAACAUCAUUAGAGUUAAGGUAGCUGGAGAUGAGAAUAAUGUUUACCUUGGUGACUUAACAGUAUUGCCGGUGAAUGGUACAGACACAGUGGUUGUAACAGACUACAGCAACAACAGUGUGAAGUCCUUCUACACCAGGAACAAACAACGACAUCACAGCAAGCUCAGCCUGGGAGGUAAACCGUGGGGUAUAACAAGGCUGAAAGAUAACCAGGUGGCUGUCACUGUGAUGUAUAGGAGGCAGAUUGUAACAGUUGAAGUGAACCCUGACCUGGUGCUGCUGUCGACCAUCACAACCAGCAAACAGUACAGGGGUAUAACGUCUCUGACACCAUCAACACUAGCAGCAGGUUCUUAUAGUGAUAAAUGUGUGGAUAUUCUGGACAUGAGAGGAAACGUCCUGAAGUCAAUUAAACCUAUAGUUCGUGGGAAGGAAAUUAUACAUAUUCCUGAGUUUCUUUGUACAACAAGAACAGGAAACAUCCUUGUGUCGGAUAGCGGUUCGAAGCGUGUCCUGUGCCUGCCAGCUGAAGGGGACGUUGUGUUCACCUACCCUACAACAGGACACACAACACUGCGACUGCCAGGAUGUAUCACAAGAACCAGCACUGGUGACAUCCUGGUUACUGACUACUAUCAACAUACUGUUGUUCAUCUGACUGAGUCAGGACGGUUUGUCAGAAACAUACUCACUAAAGAUGGUGGUGUCUUGUCCCCGCUCGGAGUUUGUGUAGAUGGACGUGGCCGUGUAUAUGUUUGUAAUUAUGUGUCAGGUAAAAUCAAAGUAUUCACUUUCAGCAACUCAGUAUAGACCUUUGAUUCACUAUCAAGUGCUCAUUUUGUCUGUAAAUAUUGAAAAUAACUACAUUUACAACAACCUCCUGACUGGAGAUUGAAUGACACCGUGUUGACAAAUCAUCACAUGUAAUAUACAGUGUUGUGGAAUAUGAUUAUAACUACUACAUAGUGUGACUGAGUAUAACUACUAUACAAUGUGACUGUGUGUAGGUACUAUACAGUGUGGCUGAGUAUAUCUAAAAUACAGUGUGACUGGGGAAAUCUGAUGUUUAGUGUCAGUGAGUCUCAUCUGAAUGUCCUUUGAAUGCCUUGUAACGUAUGCUAAUCAGAAUAAGUUUCCUUGUUGUGUUUUAGUGUAUGCAGAAGGACUACUUGAAUGAAAACACACGUAUGGAUAUCAGUGUAUGCCACUUAAACCUAAACUUUGAAAUCAAAUUUUUAUGUGUACAUUGGGUUACUUGGUCUUUCAGACCUAUUCGUAAAUAAGGGUAGGAGAUUGUCAAUAGAGAAAUGUUUAAGAUCAUGUCCUUUAUGUCAUUCAGCCAUUGAAAAUGAAAUCCAUUUCACAUUUUUCUGCCCAUUUUAUUUUGAUCUAAGAACCAAAUAUAUACCAGUGCAAUAUCAGUCAAAAUAUCCCCAAACUGCCUUUGAGUCAAUUUCAUCCUCAAAUAAUGAAAACGUUAUUCUCCAACUUGCCUUUUAUGUAAAACAUGAUUUAUCUUAAGAUAUGAAGUGUUAAGCAUUGAUUAAUUUUAUUUCUUUCAUCCUUGUAUGAUUGUGUGUAUUUAUAUAUGUAUACCAUGUAUUUUCCUUGUAUAUGGGCCGGAGGCCUUAAAUACAAUAAACACUUUGACUUGACUUGUCUACUGCACCAUGCUCUGAAUUUCUAAAUUUUGAUCCUCAAGUUAGACUGUUAUUCUGCUAUGAUGAUCAGUUCCGCGUAUGUGCUACUCACCUUUACUUUAACUUA